AGGUUUGAGACGCAUGACGGAACUUCACGAAGCUGCAGCGAAUAAUGACGUGAAGACACUCCAGUGUGUUCUUGUUGGAUCAGAUAUUGACAUCGACGCGGAGGACUGGGACUGGGGAAAGCGUACAGCUCUGCACAUUGCCGCGUCUAACGGUUAUUUAUUUAUUUAUUUAUUUACAAUUAUUUUAAAACAAGUGUCAUGAAAUGACUUAUAUUGUCUUCAAGAUCUUGUCAAUCCCAAUCUUCCAAAUUCUUGAAAUAGUGAUUUCGUUUGGAAGCGUGUAUUAAUUACGUUUUUAUUUUCCUCGAAGGUUGUGCAACAAGCACGAAGCUGUUACUUGACUACGGCGCAGAUGCUCAGAUGCGCAUGACCGGCGGUUGGACGCCGGCACAUUGCGCUGCCGAGGGUGGUCAUAUUGAAGUGUUGAAAAUAUUAAUCGAGCACAGGUGCCCUAUGUAUGUAACUGAUGAUUCAGGUGACACUCCGGCUGAUAUUGCUGCUGUCUACGGUCAUAACACUGCCAAGAAAUUACUGGAGGAAGCAGUUAAAGAUUGAACUUGAUCUUCUAUCAAUUUGGCAAUUCGCAAUAUAGGACCAAUAGCCUGUUAGGAAAUCCAACACUUGGUCACUAGUCACGUGGUGAUACUGAUCUCUCGAAGUCCGCGUUGUCUCGUAGAAUUGGAAUUUUUGACUAAGCUAUUAAUUCUUUGUUUGCAAUCACGUGACUUUUCAUCCAAAUCACGGGCAAUCAAACAACUUGUGGACGAUUUUUCUCCUAUCAGAAUGGUUAUAGCAAGAAAAACUGAGCGGUAAUUCAUCUUUUGAGUCUUAAACAGUCUCUAAACUCGAUCAAUACAUUAAAAUAGCUGGUUUUUGUUAUACCUGCCCGUCAAAUGAAAUCGUCACUGCAAACGUCACUGCAAACAAAGCCUAUAUCGACACACCCAAGACAAUGGUGAGCGGAUUUCCGAACAAGCUAUUGCCAAAUUGAUAGGGGAUCCAAUAUACCUACGAUUUUAACGUCCUUAUUUGAAAAGACUCGAAAGUCUAACCAUUUACUGAUGUCAAUAUAAAGGUAGCUCUUUCUCCUCAGGCCCGUUUCAUACGCCGUACUUCACAUGUGCCGAAUACAUUAAAGACAAUAGAUAAUGAGCUGAAAUGCCUCAUUAUACUUAUUGUUUUUAAUGCCAUUCGUCACAUGUGAAGUACGCCGUAUGAAACGGGUCUCAGUUACUUUUCAAAGUCUUAAAAGACUUUGAGUAGAGGUCCGACCAAAGAUUGAACCCAGCUUGAAAAGCAAACGUGAUGACGACGACACAACAAGUGCUGUGUUUAUUUAAGUUGUCGAGUUAAUAUAACUGAGUUUCUUUAAGUACAUCACGCAAAUAUCACGUAGCAGAUGGUGGUCAACAGUUAACUAAAAAAAUCAAGUUUAGUGUACUUGCUCGCUCCUCGAUACAUACUUCUGAAUUUGAUAACCUGCAGCUGCCUCACUGCUGUCUCCAAAUGCUUACUUCAAGGCAACAAGACAUUAUCAUCAGGCUUUUGUAAUAAAGUAGAGUAAUUUUAUGAUUUGUAUAUCUGUAAACGAAAUGAGUCGCUU